AUGAAGCCGGACAAAGUACACAACCUGCGUAAAAGUACACAAACUUGUGAACUAAAUCCCGGUUGUAUAGUGAGCCUUUUAAGCAACAUUAUAGUGUUGGGAAUCUUUGUUAAAUAUAAAGAGCUUCGCACAGCAACCAAUGCCAUCAUCAUCAAUCUGGCGUUCACAGAUAUAGGCGUCAGUGGGAUUGGGUAUCCUAUGUCUGCUGCUUCUGACCUUCAUGGGAGUUGGAAAUUUGGAAAUGUAGGAUGCCAGAUUUAUGCCAGCUUGAAUAUUUUCUUUGGUAUGGCCAGCAUUGGACUGCUGACUGUGGUUGCGAUUGAUCGGUACCUGACUAUCUGUAGACCUGACAUAGGAAGAAGAAUAACAAGCUGGCACUACACAUCCAUGAUUCUAGCUGCAUGGAUAAAUGCAGUUUUUUGGUCUGCAAUGCCUGUUGUAGGAUGGUCAAGUUAUGCUCCAGACCCUACUGGAGCCACAUGUACCAUUAACUGGAGAAAGAAUGAUGCGUCAUUUGUAUCGUACACAAUGAGCGUGGUUGCUGUGAACUUUAUUGUACCUCUACUGGUGAUGUUUUACUGCUACUACAAUGUGUCCCGCACCAUGAAAGGCUAUGACAGCAGAAACAGCCUUGGGGGCAGCAUGGUGGACUGGUCUGACCAGGCUGAUGUAACAAAGAUGUCGAUAGUAAUGAUUGUGAUGUUUCUGGUAGCUUGGUCCCCCUAUUCUAUUGUAUGCUUGUGGUCAUCUUUUGGGGACCCUAGACAAAUCUCACCAGCAAUGGCCAUCAUAGCUCCUCUCUUUGCCAAAUCUUCAACGUUCUACAAUCCCUGCAUUUAUGUAAUUGCAAAUAAGAAGUUUAGGAGAGCAAUACUUUCCAUGGUGCAGUGCAAAUCCCGCCAGGAAGUCACGCUAGACAACAGCUUCCCAAUGAGUGUCUCUCAAAACACUUUGAUCACAUAAGACAGCAACAGCAAACAUCGUACCUAGUGAUAUCCCAGGUGUGGGAGGAAUGUCAUGUAAGCAAAUAUGAAGAAGAACCAUUGACUGCCGCUUACUUUGUUACUUGUAAUAAGUGAAAUGACUGUAUCUGCUGAGACUAUUAAAUAUUUUGUUUAAGAGUUGUUUUAUUUCCAUCGUUGUCAGUGCUAGGGUGAAUGUUACUGUAAUUGUUAGCUUGGUUACACUGAAUU